UUAGAUGAAAAUGAAGAUUUGCGAAAGCUUGCUGAACGGGAAGUCAUUUCCUGUCAAGAAGAGAUAGCUGAACUGAAACACCAGAUAGUGUUGCUUUUGAUUCCUUCGGAAGAAACAGACAACAGUGAUCUUGUCAUGGAAGUAACUGCUGGAGUUGGAGGACAGGAAGCCAUGUUGUUCACUUCAGAGAUAUUUAAUAUGUAUCAACGAUAUGCUGCCUAUAGAAAGUGGAGAUUUGAAAUACUAGAAUACUUUCCCAGUGAACUAGGUGGCCUAAGACAUGCAGUUGCCAGUAUAGCUGGUCUUGAUGCGUACAAAUGCAUGAAAUUUGAAGGAGGAGUGCAUCGUGUUCAGCGGGUGCCAAAGACAGAAAAGCAAGGACGCAUUCACACCAGCACAAUGACUGUCGCAAUAUUACCCCAACCCACUGAGAUGAGGCUGAAAAUUAAUCCAAAAGAUCUACGAAUAGACACUAAACGAGCUAGCGGAGCUGGUGGCCAGCAUGUCAAUACCACCGACAGCGCUGUACGGAUAGUUCAUAUUCCAACAGGUAGAUUAAUUCUUUCCUUUAACACACGAUCGUCAUUUUAG